UUGAGUUUGUGUCGGAAAAGCAGGCGACGACAACGACGACGAAAAAACAAGCUUGUGAAAAGUGAGCAGUGCUGAAAAUUUCAGUUUUUAGUCUCACAAUCGUCGCGCUAGUGAGCGGACGGAAGCUGUUCAAAAUCCAAAUAAGAAUUUAUUAUUGGAAAUUAAGCUGAAAAUUGUAGUGUAAACAUUAUCUGUUUUCAUUAAAUCCAAAUUUGAAGUGUAAUUUAAAUUUGUUGUACAAAGAAAAGUAAUCCAAGCUAUCUUGUGUGUGUUUGUGUCAAAACAGUGAAAGAAAAAUAUGGAAAAAAAUACCUUUCAAUUCGUAUUCUUGUAAUUCGUAAUAUGGAUAUGGAUAAAUAUGCAAAAGCUACUUAAAGCUUUCGCAUCAUUUACAUAAAGGAAGGAAAAUUCGUUGGCACAGCAAAGGAAUUUUGGUUGCUGCUGCUGUUGCAGAAAACAAAAGGAAAAGAAAAGAAAGAAAAAUACAAGAGUGCCAUAUACGUCACAGAAUCUCGCGCGAGUGUGUGAGUGAGACGGCCUACCUGCACCCCCGGAAAUGUAACGCACGCACACAGUCACACACAAACGCAAAAGAAAAUCUUGCACCUGAAAGUUUUGUGCCGUCGUGAAUUUGUGAAUUCGUGGCCCGCCUUCGUGCUUGCGGUCGUGCGUCGUUGCAACAACUACCGAGGGCAGAGUCAAAUUCUAAGUACAAAAGGCUAAGGCAACGCAGCUCAAGUGCAGCCGUAUAAAUCCGUUUACUAAGGUGCGGGCACCAUGGACUCGCUCAAAUUACCAAAAGGCAGCAGUGCCACAAGCAGCGCCAGCGGCAGCAACAGCAAUUUAUCCGGUUCGGCGUCCACAUCUGUUGUUGGUAGCCUUGCAACAUCGCCAACAUCGGUGGUGGCAGCCACAGUGACAACUGCAAUUAAAGCACCGCCCGGCUUGAACAGUAGUACACCUAUUUCAGUGCGUUUCAAUGCCAACGAGGAGUCACUGGAUGACAUUCUGCAACAAUUUCAUCACAAUACGCAGCAGCAGCACAGUCACAGUCCAAGUGGCGGUGGUGGUGGCGAUGCAUCGCCCACAUCCACAUUGCUGGGCAUCAAGAAUAACGGCAGUGUGGGUGCCGCAUUGGGCAUGAUGGUGAAUGCCUGUGACUCGCACUCUCUCUCCAGCAGCCCCUCUCAGCAACACCAGCAACAUCAUCAUCAUCAACAUCAACAGCAGCAGGCAACUUCGCUCUUUGGUAACGACGAGGUAAAUCUGCGCAACAACUAUCUGCAGAGCGCCGGCGGUGGAGGAGGAGGAGGAGGAGGUGGAUUCUUUAAUCGCAAGAGAUCGGGGAGCAUUGAGAGAGUUUCGCCAACCACCAGUGGUCCCAAUUUAAUAUCGGCGCUGUCAAGCAGCGUGACAGCAGUCGCUGCUGGCGGCGGAGGCGGAGGAGGAAGCGGUGAGAACCCAACAGGCACAGUUGGUACCUGGAAACUGAUCAAGGGAAAGGUGUCGCAAACAAUUGAGGAGAUAAAAUCAUCCAAGCAUCAUUCGCAGCCUGUUUCCGUAAUUGUUGCUGAGCCCGUAGCCUUAUCCGCCGUAGGUUGGACCAACGAGGCGGACUCAGACUCGGAGUGCAUCACAAUUAAUACCCCCGUAAGUGAGGAAUUUUCCUUGACUCUAGAACAAAAGCAGCAGCAGCAGCAGCACAACUCGGACUCUGAUCCGGAUACGGAACUCCUGCAACACGACAGCAGCAGUCUUGGCAGCGGCGACGUUGGCGCCACAGCUGCCAUAUCCAUAGAACGUUCCCGGCUGCGUCGUGGCUUGGCACAUAUCAAAUCCAAGGUGAAGGCCAAGCAACAGGCCGCCGCGAUGAAUAAGAAGGAGCUGAGCACCAGUCCUAGUGGCGCCUCAGCCCUACGCAGUAGUUUCCUGCGCCGACGCAACAAUGCCGAGCCAUCCACCAAUAUGGAGCCAUCCACCAGCAGUCAGGCUGAGGCCAAGCAGGCCAAGGAGUCUGCAUCAACUCCAGAGAUUCCCGUUACCAGUGGCAAGGCAAAGCGCGGCAUUGUCAUGGCUCGCAAGGAUGUGGAAAUUGAAUCUGGCGUCGAGGUACAUGAAGACAUGAUACCGACUGGCAGUUCCGACGCCGCUGAAAGCCAAUCCCAGCAGUUGGGUGCUUCCAAAGCGAAGGGCUCGAAUGUCUCUAGGGUUCGCAUAGCUCUCGACUUGCCCAUUGAACGUCAAGUGUCCGACUCAGAUCUGCCGACUUCUCCACUGCCUAACAGCAACAGCAACAGCCAAAAGUCGAUAUUCAGUGGCUCACGGCCCCAUCUCUGGGCCAGUUUGAGCACCACGAGUUCUAUCAACUGGCGGGCACGAUCCGUGGCAUCUCCUGUGAUACUGGUGAUCAGUUUGGUGGUGUUGUUAGUGAUUCCUCUCCCAGAUUUCCUUCGUGGCGUGCUGGCAACUGUUUUAGCUAUCGUUGCCAUCAAUUGGUCCAGCUCCUUUUUCCAUUAUCUAAUUGAAACCUAUGUGCUGAGGACACAUCCGGAGCGUACUCCAUUUAGGAUACCCAACUAUUACAGCAUGCCCAUCUGUGAGAUUCCCGCCGUUGAGGAGCACAAGACCAUCAAGACCUACUCUGGCUGGCUGAACGAGAUCAAUAGCUAUGAUCCUGCCACCUUUUCCGUUACCAUGACAAGAUCGGUUUAUGUGCGCCUCGAUGGAUCUGUAUUAAAGCUAUCUGGAACGAAUGCCCGGAUUCCCAAGCGACGCAUGUGGAACGAGGUGCCCAUCGAUCGCACCAAGGUACUGUUUACGGAUCAUCGAUCAUAUGACUUGCGGGACUGUCGCAUUGAGCUCUUACCUGUGGGUUUGGCUAAAAAGCGCUUCUUCAAUCGCAAGUAUCCAAUUCAACUGAUCAUCAAGAACACGUAUACGGGCUAUUCAACACCACAGGAAACAAUUUCCAGUCAAAUGGAUGUGCAGGCCAAGGAAUCAAAGUUGCUUGGAGUAAGCAAUGUAACGCCUCCUAACGGAAGCGAAGAGCUGGAGAAAACAAUUGAUUUUGGCGCUACAGUGUUGCAAGCUGAUCUGCAGCAGUUGCGCAACACUGUCAAUCCGGAUCUGGGACUUCAGGAAAUCAGUAUACCCUGUGGCGAUGAGGUGCGUCUAUUGCUAUUCGCACGUUGCGAUCGCGAGAAGGAGGAUUGGUAUCGUCGCUUCAUAGCUGCCAGCAAGGGAAUCGUCCAUGAGCAGGAACUCCAUGUGCCGAUGAUACGCUUUGUCGAGGACACGGAUCUGCAGGCCGCAGCUGCGGCAAAUGCUGUUAAUUUGAUACUGGGACAACCCAACAAGACACGCGUCAAGGAACCCGACGAAAAGAGCUUGACCUCUAUGGCGUCCAAUAACAAUGAUGAUGGCGGUUCCAAUACACCCGACACGCUAUUCGAUGACAUACUUGAGGAGGAUGAUUCGCCGGACGCUGUUAAGGAUGGAUAUGAGGGUCUUAUCAUGAAUGCAGAUGUGGCUAGAAAUCCCCCGGAUUAUGUCAAAUUUAUGGCAGCUUAUCAGCAAGCUUGCAAUCAAAGCCAAAUUCCCGUUUGCCGCAAAGUUCAUCAUGAUCCUAAGCACUCAGGUCAUCGUCGCAGAAAAGCUCGUCGUGCCAAACGUCAGGAGGAUGAGCUGUGGAAGGGCAUUGAUCAGUCGCUAUUUUUGGGUCCUUCGGGCAGCGUGGUCUGGGCUAAUGUCAUCUUGGGUCGUUGUCUAUUCAGCUGGCUGCACGACACGGCGCUGCAUGUGAAGAUCCAGGAUUUUAUGCAGAAGAAACUCAAUUCAAUCAAGCUGCCCAGUUUUAUGGAGGAGGUUGUCAUUACCAACAUCUAUUUGGGGAAGUCGCCAAUGCUGUUCCAUCGGAUGUCGCAGCCCAUGCUGGAUGAGCGUGGUGUCUGGUUGGAUGCUGAUGUUACCUAUGAGGGACUCGCCCACAUCACAGUGACCACCAAGCUGAAUCUGUUGCGUGUUCGCAGCAAGCCCAAAUCAUCGCCCGUGCUCUCAGAUACGUUACCAGGUCCGGAAACACCGCCGGACAUGCGUAACAUGCCCGAUGAAAUCAAUCAGGAGACAAGCAACAAUGCCAUCUACGACAGCGAUGCCGAAAGCUCCGGAGGAUCUUCAUCGGAUGCAGAAUCUCCACCGCCAGGCGUUUCCAGUGAGCCAACAGGACAAGCCGAGUUCUUCCAAAACUCACCGGGCAAUGCUCGACGCAUUUUCAAGAUUGUCGAUCGCAUUGCCACCUCCAAUUUGUUCCAAUAUGCCACUGAGCUGCCCUAUGUGCAACGUGCCAUGGAGAACAUGAAUGCCAACUUAACGUUGCGUGUGGAACUCAAGGGCUUGGUGGCACGUGGCACCUUGAAUAUACCACCACCGCCGUCCGACCGUGUGUGGAUGUGCUUCCGUGGGCCACCACGUCUCUGGAUAUCCACAAAGCCCCAGGUGGGCGAUAAGUCGGUCGAUUGGUCGAUCGUGACGAAUGUGAUUGAGAGCAAGCUGUGCGAGGCGGUCAAUAAGUAUUUGGUCUAUCCAAACAUGGUGGAUUUCUCCAUACCAUUCCUUGGCAAGCCAACCUAUGAGGACGAACCCCCAGUUCCGGGACCGUUCAAUUGAGAGACGUUUAGAUAUUUCGGCAACCAAAAAACUUAACACAUAUAAUAUGUAAUUGUAAUUCCAAUUGAAUUUAACACAAAGUGUGAAUGGGAAAUAACCCCCAGCAGCAUAGCUUAGUUUGCGAUCUCGCUCCAAGUGUUUUGAGUACUUAUUAAUAAGAUCUACAACAAAACUAAAAUUCCAAAAGAGACAAGUUCGAAGCGCUUUUUUCGCACCGAUCUUCAAUAUCUUAGAACAGCCCACUUUGAUUUUUUAUAUUGUAAACCCCCCACUAAACUGAUUUUGUGUAACCAAAUACAUUCAAGGAACGUUUUUAAAAUAUUUACAGAAAGUAUUCCAAUCAGCAUAUUUCUGAUAACUUCUAAAUGUAUAUAUAUACAAUUAUAUCUAUCUAUACAACUAUAUAACGUACAUAUAUAUUCCUAUAUAAAUUCCAAGCUAUUAUAUAUUUAUUUAUUUUUGGUAUGGUAUCAAUAUUUGAUUUAUACACUAUUAACUAACUAUAUUCUGGUAUUAUGAGACAAUUAUAAAUGAAUCGUAAACAUUCGCCAAAGGAAGACAAUUCCCUUAAAGGAACAACAACUCUUAUAUCAUUUACAAGUCUGGACAAAAGAUCAACAAUAUGGUUGCAAGACGUGACUAUUAU